AUGGCGGCUGCUGGAGUCGACCGCUGCGCGGCGAUGACAUCCUCAGUGAUAAAGUGUGAAGAUCUAGUGGUCUUCACUAGCAACCAGCAUCCUAGGCUGAUCUGCAGAGUAGCAUCCUUCUCAUCAUUUCUCUCCUCUUUUUCAGAACAAGAGAGAUAUCUGCAAGCUAAUAACAGAGAAUUUAACAAUCUAUUUGGCUAUCCGAACAAUAGCAUCAAGACCUCAAAAUAUAAUGCCUUUAACUUCCUGCCUAUGAACCUGUUUGAACAGUUCCAGAGACUUGCAAAUGCAUAUUUCCUCUUUUUGCUUUUCCUACAGUUGAUUCCCCAGAUCGCCUCCUUAGCCUGGUACACGACUGUGAUGCCCUUGAUGGUGGUGCUGUCCAUAACAGCAGUGAAAGAUGCCAUCGAUGACUUGAAAAGGCACCACAAUGACAAUCAAGUGAACAAUCGUUCUGUUAUGGUGCUGAUGAAUGGCAGGAUGGUGACAGAGAAAUGGAUGGAUAUCCAAGUGGGGGAUAUAAUAAAACUGGAAAAUAACCAGGCUGUCACGGCUGAUAUACUAUUACUGUCUAGCAGUGAGCCCUACAGUCUGACAUAUAUAGAAACAGCAGAACUGGAUGGUGAAACCAACCUGAAAGUGAAGCAGGCCAUCUCAGUUACCAGUGAAAUGGAAGAUAACCUGAAGCUGCUGUCUGCCUUUGAUGGAGAAGUGAGGUGUGAGUCUCCCAAUAACAAGUUGGACAGAUUCACAGGAGUACUGACUUAUCGGGGGGAAAACUACAUCCUGGACCAUGACAGGCUGAUUCUCCGAGGCUGUGUCAUCAGGAAUACAGAUUGGUGCUAUGGCUUGGUGAUUUUUACUGGGCCAGACACCAAAUUAAUGCAGAACAGUGGAAAGUCCACCUUUAAACGGACACACAUAGACCAUCUCAUGAAUGUCCUUGUGCUCUGGAUUUUCCUGUUUUUAGGCAGCAUGUGUUUUAUCCUAGCCAUUGGACAUUGCAUUUGGGAGAAUAAGAAAGGCUACUACUUCCAGGAUUUUCUGCCAUGGAAAGAAUAUGUCUCUUCCUCAGUUGUCUCUGCCACUCUCAUAUUCUGGUCCUACUUCAUUAUCCUCAACACCAUGGUGCCCAUUUCCCUCUACGUCAGUGUUGAGAUAAUAAGAUUGGGCAACAGUUUUUAUAUCAACUGGGAUCAGAAGAUGUUUUACAAACCAAAGAACACUCCAGCACGGGCUCGCACCACCACUCUGAAUGAGGAGCUCGGCCAGGUCACAUAUGUGUUCUCCGACAAAACAGGGACCUUGACUCAGAACAUCAUGAUUUUCAACAAGUGUUCUAUUAAUGGGAAAUUCUAUGGUGAUGUCUAUGACAAGAAUGGACAGAGGGUAGAAGUCUCGGAGAAAACAGAAAAGGUCGACUUCUCCUACAACAAACUGGCUGAUCCUAAGUUUUCAUUUUAUGACAAGACUUUAGUGGAAGCAGUGAAAAGGGGAGAUCACUGGGUACACCUGUUUUUCCUCUCACUCUCAUUGUGUCAUACUGUGAUACCAGAAGAGAAGGUAGAAGGUGAGCUGGUUUACCAGGCUCAGUCCCCAGAUGAAGGUGCCCUGGUCACUGCUGCCAGGAACUUUGGCUUUGUGUUCCGUUCCCGUACAUCUGAGACAAUCAUGGUAGUUGAAAUGGGGGAAACCAAAAUCUACCAGCUGCUGGCUAUUUUGGACUUCAGCAAUGUGCGCAAGAGGAUGUCCGUUAUUGUGAGGACACCUGAAGAUCGUGUAAUGUUGUUCUGCAAGGGCGCAGACACCAUCCUCUGUCAGCUACUUCAUCCAUCCUGUAGAUCCCUCAAAGAAGUGACCAUGGAUCAUUUAGAUGAUUUUGCCAGUGACGGCCUUCGUACCCUCAUGGUGGCCUACCGAGAACUGGACAAUGCAUUCUUCCAGAACUGGAGCCUGAAACACAAUGAAGCCUACCUGUCUUUGGAGGAUCGGGAAAAUAAAAUAUCACUUGUCUAUGAAGAGAUUGAAAAAGACUUGAUGCUAUUAGGGGCCACAGCCAUAGAAGACAAGCUGCAGGAUGGAGUACCUGAGACGAUCUUCACACUGAAUAAAGCCAAAAUUAAAGUGUGGGUUUUAACUGGAGAUAAGCAAGAGACUGCGGUGAAUAUUGCCUAUGCCUGUAACAUAUUUCAUGAUGAAAUGGAUGGGAUAUUUAUCGUGGAGGGCAAGGAUAAUGAAACUGUCCAGCAAGAACUCAGGUCAGCAAGGGACCAAAUGAAACCUGGCUGUCUACUGGAAUCAGACCCAAUAAACAGUUACCUAGCCACAAAGCCGAAAAUGCCUUUCAGAAUACCUGAGGAGGUGCCCAAUGGCACCUAUGGCUUGGUCAUCAGUGGCUACAGUCUGGCCCACGCUCUAGAAGGGAACCUACAGCUGGAUCUGCUGCGAACGGCAUGCAUGUGCAAGGGGGUGAUCUGUUGUCGAGUGACACCCCUUCAGAAGGCCCAGGUGGUAGAGCUGGUGAAGAGGUACAAGAAAGUGGUGACUCUGGCCAUCGGGGAUGGGGCCAAUGACGUCAGCAUGAUCAAAGCUGCCCACAUCGGAGUCGGCAUCAGUGGCCAGGAGGGAAUGCAGGCCAUGCUCAACAGUGACUAUGCCUUCUCCCAGUUCCACUAUCUGCAGCGGCUACUCUUCAUCCAUGGCCGCUGGUCCUAUAACCGAAUGUGCAAGUUUCUCAGCUACUUCUUUUACAAAAACUUUGCCUUCACUCUGGUGCACUUCUGGUAUGCCUUCUACAGCGGGUUCUCUGCACAGACAGUUUAUGAUACCUGGUUUAUCACUUUCUACAACCUGGUCUACACCUCCCUCCCUGUCCUGGGCUUGAGUCUCUUUGACCAGGAUGUGAAUGAAACAUGGAGCUUACGUUUCCCAGAGCUGUAUGAGCCAGGCCAGCACAACCUCUAUUUCAACAAGAAGGAAUUUGUGAAGUGCUUAGUGCAUGGGAUCUACAGUUCCUUAGUGCUGUUCUUUAUCCCUAUGGGAGCCAUUUACAAUUCAGUGCGCAGUGAUGGGAAGGAAAUCUCCGACUACCAGUCCUUCUCCGUGAUUGUGCAGACCUCCUUGCUCUGUGCGGUCACAACACAGAUUGCCCUGGAGACAACCUACUGGACGAUGAUAAGCCACAUCUUUACCUGGGGUAGUCUGGGUUUCUACUUUUGCAUCUUAUUCUUCCUGUACAGUGAUGGUUUAUGCCUAAUGUUCCCCAACGUCUUCCAGUUCCUAGGUGUGGCCAGGAAUACUCUGAACCUGCCGCAAAUGUGGCUGAGUGUUAUCCUCAGCAUGGUCCUCUGUAUCUUGCCUGUGAUUGGGUACCAAUUUCUCAAACCACUAUUCUGGCCUGUCAGCGUGGACAAGAUUAUUGACAGAAUUCAUCAUUGCAUGAGACAUCCACUGCCACCCCCGAUCCGGACCAAACUGAAACAUCCAAGUUCUCGGCGUUCUGCCUAUGCAUUCUCCCACAAACAGGGCUUUGGGGCCCUCAUCACUUCUGGCAAGACACUGAAGACCAAGUUGCCCAAGAAAAAGUAGAGGCCUUUAGGGAAACUUCAAAGGAGUCAUUGCUCUUCCUCCCUUGUAUUCACACAAUUUAGUAAGGAGAGAUUAGAGUCCCUGGAAAUCUGGUAUAAAUCUGCUCUUCCACUCUCACUCCAGGGGCUCAGCCUCUUCCUUGGAAGGCUGUACCCAGGUAAGGCAAGGAAAGGUAAAGAAAGAGCCGCCAGUCACCUGUCAAGAAAAAGCGAUGUCAGGCCUCCCUUCUACCAACUCUUCCAAGUUUUAAUCCACACAAGCAAAUGUGGAAAUAAUGGGUGAAGAGGGGGAGUGUGGGGAAGGGAGAUGAAAAUAGGACCUAAGAAUCUUGUUUGGGCCCUGUUUCCCAUACCCAGAGCAAACAAAAACCUUGCCAGGGCUCUGCAAACAUAUUUACCAAAGCACCCAUCUCAGGUUUAUCUGAAGGAUUCUGGGUGAGUCUUUUGCUGGUCUGGGUAGCAAAAGGAGGAGGCGGCUGUGAAAAUUUGUUCAUAAGCUAAAGGAAAGUCACUGGACCAAAAAAAAAUGAAAGGAGAUGGUUUCUGUCUUGAUCGAAUAGCUCAAGAUUUUGCUGCCUUCUUUCUUGACCCCUUUGACCCAAGAACUGACACCUUUUCAGGCCUCAGAACUAGGAGGAGGAGACUGCAGGGUUUUUAAAAAUUUUUUCUUGAGGGUAAUAAGCCAUAAUUGGUGAACAUUUGUCUUCAUUCCAUAAAAUUACUUUGAGAAGAAACCCUAU